UUGUGGUUCAGAAAUCCAGCGAUGUCGGGACAAAGCAUGUACAAUUUUGCUAUUGAUGCAAGAAGGGCGGAAGAAUUUCCACAUCUAAAAGACACUGUGUACGUGGAUCAUGCGGGUGCGACACUGUACAGCCGCUCGCAGAUUGAUGCCGUCCACAAGGACCUGAGCAACACCCUCUAUGGCAACCCACACAGCCUUAAUGCAUCGAGCAAGUUGGCUACAGACACUAUUGAUCAGAUCAGAUAUAGACUCCUCAAGUUCUUCAACACAACCCCCGAGGAGUACAGCCUCGUGUUCACCUCCGGAUGUACAGCUUCUCUCAAGAUAGUUGCUGAUGGGUUCACCUUUUCCUCAGGUGUGUCUCCAGACAAGAACUCGGCAGGUGUGUUCUGUUACCUUGACGACAGCCACACAUCAACGCAGGGCAUGCGCGAGACCGUGUCGUCCAGGGCCUCUGACGUCAUCUGUCUAGAUGACCAGGAACUUCAGACCUCCUUGACCGCCACCGGAGGAGAGGCACCCACCGUCACCACUGCUUCAUCAUCGACAUCGUCGUCAUCAUCGUCGGUUGAUCCCGUGUUUCCAAGGUCAUUGGUCGCUUUCCCGGCCCAGUCAAACUUCUCCGGCAGGAAGUAUCCGCUACAGUGGGUGCAGCAGAUUCAGAACCAGGGCCUGGUGUUGCCUGGAAGGAGACUCUUCACAAGACGUAUUUCGGAGGUGGAACCGUUGCCAUGAGCACAGCAAGGGAGAGAAUUCAUGCCUUCCGACUCGCUCUACACGACAGGUUUGAGGAUGGGACCCCGCCCUAUCUGAGCAUCAUUAGCCUGAGACAUGGACUGGACACCGUACAACGACUGGCAGGUGGUAUGGAGAAAGUAUCACGACAUGUGUUUGCUGUUGCCCGCUACUUCUACUCCAGCCUGAAGAAUCUCCGCCACGGCAACGGUCAGCCUCUGGCCUUGAUCUACGGGGAGGGAGACUUCACAAGUCCCAGUGGUCAAGGGGGCCUGGUCACCUUCAAUCUCCAGAGAGCCGACGGAAAGUUUAUAGGUUAUGCUGAGGUGGACAAGUUUGCCCAGUUGCAUGACGUUCAUUUGCGCACCGGAUGUUUCUGCAACAUUGGUGCUUGUCAGCGCUACCUGAAACUCUCUUCUAAAGUCAUCAAGGAGAAUUUUGCUGCCGGUCACGUGUGUGGAGACAACAUGGAUCUCAUCGACGGUCAGCCCACUGGCGCUGUCCGCAUCUCUUUUGGCUACAUGUCCACUCUCUCCGACGCUCGUGUCUGUCUGAGGUUUAUCGCAGAUACUUUCCUGGACAAGCCCGCAGAAAUCCCUUUGUUUUCGUUCCCCGAGUGGUAUGUACAGAGGUCGUCUGAGGUGGAGAGUACAGGCAGCUUGACGUCACCUGGAAAUGCCGAGAUGAAGACAAAGAGAGAGGAAGUAGCGCAAAAUGGAACUGUCAAAAAUGACCUGACCCACGUCACUAACGGUGACCUCCAGCACCAGGACGCCGUGACAGGCCCCAGCGUGUCGGAGACGUGCUCCGAGUCGACGCGGAGAGUCACCGACAUCUACCUGUACCCUCUCAAGUCUUGUGGGGCUUUCCGGACCAGUGAGUGGGAGAUGGGCACCAAAGGCCUCCUGUACGACCGGGAGUGGAUCCUGGUCAGUGACACGGGAGUGACCAUCGGUCAAAAGAGAGAGCCCAGGAUCUGUCUGCUGUGUCCAGAAAUCAACUUGAGCACCCGGAAAUUGAUUCUCAGUUUUCCUG